CACACGUGGUUCGUGGAAACCACGCACGCAGACUCGGGCGCUUUCAGAAAUGGCGGACGGCAAAGGCAGCUCUUUGCUGCCUCUACCUUGCGUUUUUUCACCCAAAUCACGCCAGUACCUGGCAGUGUGUGCCCAAGAUGGAAGGCUUCGAAUUUGGAACACAGACAGUAAAACACUUCACCAGGAAUAUGUGCCUUCAGCUCAUUUGAGUGCCACUUGUACAUGCAUACAUUGGGGACCAUGCCGGACAAUCAAGGAAGGUCCUCAGAGGAAGAAGAGGAAAUCAGAGGCAGGGCAGCUGGAGGAAAAGGCAGACCUGCUGGCAAUGGGCACGGUGGCAGGCACUGUGCUCAUUUACAGUACUGCUAAGGGAGUUUUGCACUGCACCUUGGAUGGAGGCCAUAGUGGAGGAGUGAAUUGCGUUCACUGGCACCCUGAAGAUAGUUUAUUAUAUAGUGGCUCAGAUGAUACAAACAUUGUAGAAUGGGACCUGCAGACAGGCAAGAUGCGGAGUAAGUGGAAGGCAGACCGUGCUGCAGUGACCAGUUUGUGUGUGAGCCCAGAUGGUAAACUGUUGCUUUCAGCUGGACAGACCAUCAAAAUGUGGGACCUGGACACCAAGGAGGUUUAUAGGAAAUUCACAGGCCAUUCUACAGCCGUGACGACCCUCCACUUUGCCACCACACGACCCCCUGACAGCAGCAGUCUCUAUUUUCUGUCCGGAGCUGCUCACAAUCGACUGCUUAGCGUAUGGCAAGUACGAGAAGAUGGAAGGGACAAGAACUCGGUGGUGUCAUUCGUACUGACAGAUGAGCCUCAACAUAUUGACCUUGUCACAUCCAAGAGCAAGGAGCAGGCGGUGAGGCUAGCAGUGGUGUGUAAAGAUGGACAGUUGCAUCUCUUUGAGCACUUUCUAAAUGGGCCCUGCAAGAAGCCCCUGUCACCUUCAUGCACAGUGCAGAUGUCGGACACAAAGGAUUCCCCAAUGCCGAUCCCGUUUCUUGCAGCUGCCUUGUGUGAUGAGUCACGGAGUGUGAUGCUGGCUUAUGGCAACUAUCUACAACCUGUAAUGGAGAGAGUGGAUAUCAACACACCUGACAGGCAUGUUUGUUUGACACGGAAUGUUCAAACCACAUUGUCCCUUUCCAUUGCAUCGACCGUUUCCAAGGUAAAAACCCCAAUUGUCAAUGCCAAGAGCAAAGUGCUGGUUCCUGGCCUUCCUGGACAUCAAGCCCCAGUGAAAGCAACAGAGAAAAGGAAGAAAGACUCUGACUCCAAAGAGAUGUCAAUAGCAGAGCGUAUUGGCGAAAUUGAUCUGCAGUCUACAGCUCUCACCGAAAAGGGAGCGUCUCAAGGGACGCCCUCUUUACAGACAGAUAAUUUUGCAGUGUUGCUGGUGCAGGGCCUUGAGAGCGGUGACGGCGACAUUCUAAAUAAAGUUUUUCAAACUCGUAAAGAUCAAGUAAUCAAGAAAACGGUGGCUCGGCUACCCCUCCCUGCUGUUUUACCAAUGGUGGAAGAGAUUACCAGGAGGCUCCAAGGACACCCCUUCACGGCAGUUUUUGUGGUCCGGUGGCUCAAAGCUGUGCUCACGCACCACACGUCAUACCUUUCUUCGCUGCCUGACCUGGUUUCCAAGCUGGGAGUGCUCUAUCACAUGAUUGAGAGCAGAGUGAAGACGUUCCACAAACUGAACAAGCUGCAUGGGAAGCUGUACCUCCUCCUUACACAGGUAGCAACAAGCACGGGUAGCAACAAGGUAUCUGAUGUUGACCACACAGCCAAGCUGGUUUAUGAAGAUGAAUCUUCAGAUGAAGAUGAGGCCUCUGGGCCCGAAGACCUUGUGGAUGAAGACUCGGAUAAUUGGGAGGAGGAUGAGCUGAUGGAGGAGGACAAGAAGGCUCAAACUGACCAGGAUGAAGAGGAUCCUGACAGCAGGACAGAUUCCAAAGCCAACGGCGAGGAAAACAUGGAGCAUGAUAAUGAGAGUGAAGAGGAAUGAAAUGUCAAACACAAAAAUGGACUCGAGAGAGUUAUAUGUACUUUCAUUUUAGUUUCAUCAUUAUGAUUUUAUUAUGAUACCCAAGUAUUGUUUUACAAAAUUGAGGGAAGUGAUGGAAGUCAACAGGUUGUCCUCCAUUUUAUGUUCAACCGUCUCUAUCUUUUACACUCUGUGAAGACUGCCAACUUGAGAAGGAGGAGGGCAACGCGUGACGCAAAAUGACACACUUUCCAACUUGGUCAAUUUUAUGAUGAAUCCCAGUUCGUUUUGGCCAGAUGAAGUUGUAAAUGAAUCUGGAGAUGUUUCCAGCUUAGUCAGCAUCUCGGGAUUAAUGCUGUCAUCUUGCAAUCAAUACUACAGCAUAUUGUUGUGCUGUGCAGUAGAAAAGGUGGCACCUCCUUAUUGGUUGACUAUAACCACACUUGCCAUUUUGUGCCUGGUUCUUAGAGCUGGGAUGCAGGCUUUUUAUGUACAGAACACUCUUGGAUCCAGAGGUGGACUCAGUAAGACCAUACAUUAUGUCCCCGCGUAACAAUGUAAAUCUCUAUUGUACAGUGAAGUGUUUGUAUGAGCUCUUCCCUCGAACUAUCCCGCAGAGGUCCUUGAGAUUAAAGGAACUCCGAUAAAACAAGUCUCCUGAAGGUUUUUAUUUCCAUGUGUGUCGGGAUCCUCUUGUUUUUACAUAUGAGUUAGGUCCGGACAUGGUCUGAUGUCCACCAGCUUAAAACCAAACCUGGCGGUAAACAAGAGAAAAAAACAUCAACAGACUGAAUAAAUGGCUUUUUAACAUGAA